CGUUGAUUCUUCGAUAAAAGUGGUGGUGUUUACAGUUACAUGGCUGAGCGGGAGAAAGUCAGUGGCGAGGGUUAAGGGAGAAAGUAUUUCAGUAACCGGUCAGCUUAGCUCGUUGCCAGAUCAGUUCAACACGUUUGUUUCCUCGAGGCUAUCUGAAAUCAUGCGGCUUCCGCGAUCAGAGUCACUUCAGGGGGCUUUGAACUUAGACGUUCUGCCUCAAGUUCCAGUUAUGGAAGAAGCCCAAAAACCUAAAAAUUCUUCUUUGGCUGUGGAAGGUGAAGGAUUGUGUUUUCGUUUCGGACGUCGUUCGAACAGUGAAUGUAUACUGAAUGGGCUAAAUAUAUCUGUGGAGAGAGGAAUAAUAUACGGUCUUUUAGGACCCAGUGGUUGCGGCAAAACUACUCUUUUACGAUGCAUCGUUGGACGAUACAAGCCGAGCAGUGGGAUUAUCAAAAUCUAUGGCAAAGUUCCUGGGCAGAAAGGAUUUUGUGUCCCUGGCCCUGGAGUAGGGUUCAUGCCUCAGGAAUUGGCUCUCUAUCCAGAAAUCACAACAGAAGAGACUCUUACCUAUUUCGGAAGACUUUACCAAAUGAAAAACAAACAAAUCAAAGAAAGAAUCUCAUUUCUGGCUGAGUUUUUGGAUAUUCCCGACAAGAAAAAACAAAUCAAAUAUCUCAGUGGUGGCCAGCAAAGACGGGUAUCAUUCGCUGCUGCUCUUAUACACAAGCCGCCUCUUGUUAUAUUAGACGAACCAACAGUCGGUGUGGAUCCCCUUUUGAGAAGAAGUAUCUGGAGCCACUUGGUGAAACUUGCAGUAAUGGAUUUUACCACUAUCAUAAUCACGACGCACUACGUGGAGGAAGCCAGACAAGCUCACGUAGUAGGUUUAAUGAGAGAUGGUCGUCUAUUAGCGGAAAAGAAUCCCGAGAUUUUAAUACAAAAUUAUGGAGCUUAUACCUUGGAGGAUGUGUUUCUCAAGUUAUGUAUGAAAGAUAGUGAAGCCACAGAGGUUUCUGAAGGCACCAUCGAACAUCAACUGCAGGAACCGAAUGAAUAUGGCAAUGGUUCUACUGGACAACAAGUGUGGAUGCCUCGCAGAACUCACGUCAAUUAUGAGGGCGAUGUAUCAUUUUCCUCCAGUGGACAAGAUCAUCAUAAAGCGGCACUUCUCAACAAUGUAGGUGAUGCGGAUAUUGACCUGAAAACGGAUGAGAGUUGCCUUGGCAAUAUUCGAAGCACCGGUGAACGAAUGGCAGCUUUGAUUAAUAAGAAUUUCGUACGUCUGAAAAGAAACAUACCGCUCGUAUUCUUCCAAGUAUUCGUGCCUGCUUUUCAAGUUAUAGUAUUCUGCUUAUGCGUUGGAGGAGAGCCUUUCGAUCUCCCGGUUGCCAUUGUUAAUUUGGAGUUCGAUCCAGCAGGAAAGGGCGACAUGUUCCUGAAACAUUUGAGUCCUCAUACGUUUCAUCAGAAUAAUUUUACGAAUUUGAGUCUCGCUUUUGAAUCUGUUAGAAGGGGUGAAAACUGGGGAGUUGUAUACAUCGGACCAUCCUUCACGGAUAGUUUGAUAGAUCGGUAUUUACAGGGUAUUGAUGUCGACAACGAAACAAUUCAAAACAGUACCAUAAAAGUAUAUCUGGAUAUGACAAAUCAACAAAUUGCUGCAACUAUCUUUUCAAAGAUUAUGGACAGUUUCGAUGAUUUCGCCAAGGAAAUGUUGAGAUUGUUCCACAGAAAUCCUCUCAUAGCAGAUCCUCCUAUAGUGAUAAAAGAACCUAUAUAUGGAAAGUUAAAACCCAAUUUUACUGAAUUCAUGGCUCCAGGAAUGAUAUUAGGAAUUACAUACAUCAUGGCUGUCGGUCUAAGCGCUAUGUCUAUUAUCAUAGAGAAGAAGGAAGGUUUACUGGAUAGAUCUUGGAUUGCUGGCGUCAAGUCAUGGGAAGUGAUGUUUUCUAUACUGUUUACAUUGUUUAUCGUGAUGUUGUUCCAAGUGGCACUUGUGCUUCUUUUUACUUUCCUUGCCUUUAACAUCCCAUCACACGGCUCUCUUGUCUGGGUAGUCAUUGGUGUUCUUCUGGUUGGUUUGGAAGGCAUGUCUUAUGGUCUCUUUAUAUCAGCGAUCUGUAAUGAUGAAAACAUUGCUGUCAUGAUAGCGAUGGGAUCCUUCUAUCCAAACCUCUUACUAAGUGGAAUCAUAUGGCCUGUGGAGGCUAUGCCCUACUACUUACGACAGCUCAGUUACUGCCUACCUCUUACACUUAUAGCCAAUACAAUGAGAUGUGUGUUAUCCCGUGGAUGGAGCAUCUCUGACAAUGGCAUAUGGGAUGGUUAUUUAGUGGCUAUAGCCUGGAUUGUACCUGUCAUCUUGAUCUCAAGCUUAUUUUUCAAGUUUAAAAAGUGACGAAAACCAAAAUAGUGUUUAAAUAAGUGUUUGUUUCAAGGCCAUAUCCAAUAAUUUUAUCUCCAAGAACAAAUUGGUGUAUCUGGAUUACAACUUUCAUAUGCUUUCAGUAGUACGUGUUUAAAAUGUAAAAGCUGAAUGUUGAAAGGUUUUAGACAGCUGAAAACUCUUGUAGUUUGUUAUUCUACAAUAAGAAUUUGGAAUCAGUCGUGAACACCAGAAUGAGUAAUUUGGAAAGAGAAAUUUACACCAGUUUUUAUCAUGUAUAUUUUGUAUAUAUGUAUAUUACAUUACAUGUUAUAUGUUAUCUGAUCAACUUACGGGUCUCGCGAGGUUUUAAAAACUUCUUCAUGAGAAAGUUUAAAUGCUAUUUAACUUAAUUAUUGCGUAUUAUAUUGUAAUGUUGCGCGCUUCCAACAUGCACGCAACAAUAGUGGUGACUGCUAUGAACUGGAAAGUA